AUGGCCGUCGACCGGCUGUCCACCCUGCCGGACCGGGCGCUGCAUCGCGUGCUCUCCUUCCUCGACGUCUACGACACCCCACGCACCAGCGUGCUCUCGCGGCGGUGGCGGACGCUGUGGCGCUGGGCGGACGCCGUGAAUCUUGACACGAGGUCCUACUGGAGCCACGGCUACGACGGCGAAAGCGUGGGCAGGGCGCUCUUCCGCGACGCCCUGGCGGCCCUCGGCGCGGACGGCCGAUGCCCGGUCAGGAGGCUCGACGUCCAUGUGGAGAGCUACUUCCAGGACGAUUUCGUGGACGGCGCCAUGCGCACCUCGCCGGGGAUGGACGCCGUCCUCGCCGCGCCGGCGGUGCGUGGCCUGGAGGAGCUCCGCGUGUGCCUGCGCGUCGAGUUCGGCGAUCCGUGCCGCCUGUACGCGCUGCCCACAAGCCGCGUUCCAUGCCAGUCCCUUCGGGUGCUCGAGCUCGCCGGGCUCACGCUCGGGCCGCCGGGCGCCGCCGUCUUCGACCGCCUGGAGACGCUCAAGAUGGUGUCUAUACAUUCGGCCGUGGAGAACCUCCAGGCCAUGCUCGACGCCGCGCCCAACCUUGCAAGGCUCUGGCUCGAGUACGUCUCCUUCAAGUCGGAAGAACAUGGCGGCGGCGGCGGCAACGACGACGACUCGUACACCGUGACGUUGCCGCGGCGCGUCCUCCUCCGCUCCCCGAACGCCACGGUCGCCGUGACGCUGAUGCACUGCCACCACACGGAUGGCCUCGACCUCGACGCGCCGAACGCUCGCUCCCUGCUGUACAAGGGGUUUCUGGAGAAAUUCCCCUUCAGCUCGACGACGCCGUCUGGCCCGCCGACGCAUCUGCAGCACGUUCAGCUUAGCUUCUGCACCACGCGGUGGUGCUACAGCGACAGGGAGCCCUCCACGGAAACACCACGCCACGCCUUGUUCUGGGACUCCUUUGGUAUCUUCAGCCGUCUGGUAGUCUUGAAGGUGAAGCUCCUGGACAUCAACGACAUAGCCGUCCACUCUGAGCAAGAACAAGCGUUCCUCAAAGUGUUUCCCAACCUCAAGUUCCUGCAGCUGAAAGGAUCUUACGAGUUGGAUAGCUACGGCACGGCGGUGGCGAUUGGAAACCUGCUCCACUGCUGCCCAGUAUUGCAGGAACUCCACCUCAUGUUCGAGAUCCACGGAGACCUAUAUGCCACUCCCACCGGUUGGGUUCGCCAUCCGGAGGAAAGGCAAGCUCAGUUGGACCUGGAAAAAUCCAUGGGAUUACUUCAGAGACUCAAAUCUGAAAGGGUAACUUGUUCUACAUCGUCUGGUGUUGAUGGCGAUACGUUUGACGAUGGGGAUCUUUAUCCGCUAAAAGUGCGUUCAUUCCCUUGCUUGGAGAGUCAUUUGAGGAAGAUAAGACUGGAAUUUAAGCUGGAGUCCUUCAACUGCUUCGAAGUCAAACUCACAAAAUUCCUUGUGGAGAAUGCAGUGGCACUGGAAGAGAUUGAAGUUCAUGAUGGAGACCAAAGAGUUUAUGAUCACGUCCAUCACAAGCUUGCAAUAUGGAGAGCCAAUUCUGCAAAAAGCAGAAUUAAGAUUGUUGGCAAGCACAACAAUGGUUCCAGACUGUAA